AGAUAAAAAAAAGUACGUGUGAAGUGAUGUGUAAAGACUGAAAUAUGAUUAACUAUCACGCGACAACCAGACAUGCAUCAUCCUAUCGAUAUCGAUAUUUCCGAUCAUAAUAAUAACAAUAAUAAUAAUAAUAAUAAUGAUAAUAACAGUACAAGAACAAUACAGAGUAAUGUAAGCCGAGUAAGAGAUGGUUGAAGGUGAAAUAAAUACAAGUGUAAGGAAAAGACAAAGGAAUGAACAAAACGUGAGGCGUGGAGAAGACGUUAAAGGAAAAUAGUAGAGAACCAAGAGCAAGACCAAGAAGAAGAAGAAGAAGAAGAAGAAGAAGAGGUAGUAGAGAAGAGGAAGUGGAGAACGGAUACCUGGGACCUGGGACGACGGCAAAUAUACUCACUCACAGUCCAUUACCAGCCAGAACACGUUCCGCACGAUUUCGUUUUAUUUACCGGCGCAACCGAGAUCAUUUGUUCUAACUCAUUGUUUUAAAUACACUUGUUGUUCCUUACGAUACAAUAAGCUCAGUAAUUAUCUGUUUUAGGGUGUUGACUUUUACUUUUCAGUAAAAAGUCUUCAGUGAAAAAUUAUUUUAUUUUGCUAUCUUAUUAACCAAAUAUUUUAAUAAUGACGUUUUUAAAUGAUUAUGACUAGUGAAAAGUUUUUUUAAUAAAAAUCUAAAAUAAUUAUUAAUAAUAAACACAUAAAAAAUCGAAAAUAUAAUUCGAGUGAAUGAAAAUCUGUGUGGAUGACCUUCUACGACCCGGCAUCGAUCGAAAACGACUAAGUGUCGGCUACACGUGGUCUUAAUCACCACAAGUUAAGAUUAAGAUAACGAAUGGAAAUGUUAUUCAAAAAUUUCUUUAUCGUUUUGAUAAUUAUAAAUAUUCAUUUGACAUACGGAAGAGCGACCGAAGCCUCGACAAAUGCAUCGACAUUCGGCAGCACGACACCGUCGGUUGUCACCUUAGUCACGGAGGGGCCCGAAUUUUCUCCAGAGUCUCAAUUUGAUGGCAAUAAUUACGAGGAUAAUAACAGCGCGAGUUCGGUGGUUUUUGUGGACGUUCCUCAGCACACGGAGACCACACUGGGAACGUCUGUGUUAUUAGCAUGUCGAACGGCCCAUCCAGUUGUUGAUUGCCAGUGGUCUUGGCAGCCUCUGCCACCGGUAAAUUUACCUCUUCCGGACAUCAACCCUUCGAAUUCCAACGAGACCACUCGUGAAAUUCUACAGGUUUCGACAGAAGCUGUUUUUUCCCCGCCGACAACGGCCAACACUCAGUCGUUGCCUGUUAGACAAUUUCCGGCUUUCGGUAAUAAUAGUAAUGACUGUUCGGUCAGAUUUACAAAUUACAAAUAUGAACAGGUUGGAUAUUGGACCUGCGCUGCACGCACUACCGUUAAUACCUCUUUUGUCAGUACUUUGCCCGCUAAAUUGAGCAUUGCCGCUCAUACACCUGUUACAGAAGAGCCGAUAAAAUUUUUGGAGCCGGAUGACGCAAUAGAAGCAGCGCCUUCGUCGCAGUUCGAAAUCCCCUGCCGAACCUUGAGCCCGGUUUCAGAAUGUCAAUGGUCCUGGCGGCUGGCGAACCAGACCGAACUUUGGAACAUUGAAAUGAACAAGUUCCCGUCUUUCGGGGAAAACAAUACCGACUGCACUAUAAAGAUCCCUUCGGCGCUCCCGGAGCUCGAGGGACUGUGGACCUGCGGGGUUCUGAGUGACAGCGCUCAGAACUCCAGCGGCUUCGUGGUGAACAGACCAAUAAAGCUUUUGCUGUCGGAGGUGGAAUUCAUACAGCUUUCGCGAGGUAUUCAGACAGCCUUAGGGGAAUCUGCCCUGCUCAGAUGCCAGGUGAACAAACCGGUCGUACAAUGCGAGUGGUCUUGGAAACCCCUCAAUUCCAGUAAAGAGCCCAUGGUCAUAAAAAAUUUUGUGCCAAAUGACGAUAACAAGCAUGACUGUUCAGUAAGAUUUAAAAAUGUACUCGAAGAGGAGGAGGGCCUUUGGACUUGUGCCGUACGAUUAACAUCCCACGGGCGGCUUCACGAGGCUGCUCCUGCUAAACUCACACUUUUGCCUUCUGCAAAGAUAAAUUUCACUGAAGCGCCGGAAAAUAUGUCGGUUACGGUCUCGAGCCAUCAGCUGCUCAAGUGCGUCGCGAAUACCCGCGUCGAAAAAUGCACUUGGUUGUGGAAGUCACUGAAUGAUGACGGCGAAGUCGUUGCUAAGGAUUCUUUCCCCAGUUAUGGGAGCCUGGGAAUUAAUUGCAGUCUUAAUCUCAAAGCUAUUCGAAUGGAAGAUCAAGGGUACUGGGCUUGCCAGGCCAUCGCUCCUAAUAAUGUCAUUCUUUCUUCACCCUAUGCUGAAAUUAUUGUUUACAAACAAGAAAAAGUAGAAUUUUCUGAGCUAUUGCAAGACAUCCAAAUUUCAUCUGGCAGCAGCGUUUACUUGCGAUGUGUAACUUCAUCCCAGGUGGAACAGUGCAGAUGGUCAUUAACGCCGGUGAAUUCAAACACGACGGUGGUAGUAAAACAAUUCAAGCCAGUAGUCCCCGCGGGUCGCGACUGCAGCGUAAGAUUGAGCCACGCGUUGGCCGAGCAAGAGGGCCUGUGGACCUGCGGUGUAAAAGUUCACGGGACCGAGACUUACAUGAACGCUCCGCCGGCGAAGCUGAGCCUCCUCGAACCAGAACCAGUAAGAGUUGCAAUUACAACAAACACCCAUGAAAUUGUUACUCUGGGUUGCAAACUUUACCCUCUGCCUUCAGACACCACGUGUCAGUGGGCUCACGAUUUAAAAGAUAAAAAGCGGACAAAUGCAACCCAUAAAUUAAGGCAAGGCGUACUAAUGAAUCAUACUUCAGGAAUUUGUACGAUACAGUUUAAGCCGGAUGUCAAUGAUCUGGGACUGUGGACUUGUAAAUUUAUUAUUAAGACAGAUAAAGGCAACUUUGUGUUGGGAAAUUCUUCGCUGACACUGGUCAUUAAGUACACAGAGGACCAACGACUGGGAUGGAUAGUCGGCGCAGCGACCACUUUUGUUCUCUUUCUCAUGAUUCUGGCUGUGGUAUUAAUUGUUUGGAGAGCGAGGCUGUUUACAAUGGAGUCAACGAGGAUUUUUGAAACUGCGCCGCUUAGAGAGAAAAAUCAAGAGGACAGAAAGGACUCAGUGGAUUUAGAAUUGGCGGAUACUAGAUUGUCUGUUCAUUCUUCGAGUAAUUCAGUUUUGUCAAGGAACUCGACUUUUUUGGGAAAUGCUGAUAAAUAUCAACACCCGAGAUAAACUGUAUCAUUUGGAAUUAAUAAAUAAAAAAAUAA